AGAUUAAUUGUUUACAACAUGAAUCUUCUAUGUAUACAGUAUCUAUUGUCUCGGCAAUUCUUUUAUCUUGGAAGGUUAAUAGGUAGAAAUCCUAAAUAUUUUGUCAUAGGACCUUUGUUGCUGACAUUAAUACUGGUCACCGGUUUGUUAAAUAUAUCUGUAAAUAGAAAUUUGGACUUUCUUUUUACUGCAAGGGACGGAAGAGCAGAGCAAACUAAGAAAUUAUUAGAGAAAUUUUUUCCUGUAAACACUUCCUCCUUUACAGAUAUUGUAAGAAUAACAGCUUUACACGAAAUAAUAUCUGUUCAAAUUAUUACUAAAGACGGAGGAAGUGUUUUCCGAAAGAAGGUGGUUAAUGAAGUGAUAAAAUUCCAUAAUAUAAUUAAAAACAUUACCGUAAAAUGGAAUAACCAAACGUAUAAUUAUGAUAAUUUGUGCGGUAAAAGAAACGGAAAAUGCGUGGAAAGUAGCUUUUUGAAAUUAGCACCUCACGCCAAUGAAAUUUUAUUAGGAAAGUUUAAAGUCAAAUAUCCAUUAGAUAUGAACGAACACACCUUAUUAUACGAUGAAUACAUAUCAUCUUUAGGUGGAGUGAAAACACUAGCAGACUGGACUUUAAUAGAUGCAAAAGGUUCCAGAUUCAUUUAUUUCUUAGACAUAAGUAACACCACUAAAACCGUACCUAUUAAUUUAUGGAGGGAUGCCGUUGCCGCAAAACUUAGAAAUUUAAUGUUUAAAACGGUAACUUUUUCUUUUUAUAAUCUUAACGAUCUCGAUGAAGAAGUUGCACGGGCUAAUAAACACCUAACAACUCGCAUACCUAUUGUUGCUUUCACUGUAAUGGUAUUUUCUUUCAUAACAUGUAUGACAAAUGACUGGAUAAGAAGCAAACCUUGGCUUGGAAUUUCAGCAUGCAUAUCCGCUGGUUUGGCAAUUGCAAGUGGAAUAGGAUUAGUUUGUCACUUGCAUAUCGAUUUUAUCGAUUUUAACAUCGGUCUCUGUUUUAUUAUUUUAGGUACGGAAAUUGAUGAUGCUUUUGUUAUAAUAUCUGCAUGGAGAUGUACAUCCGUAGAAGAUACAGUAGAGAAGAGAAUGGGGCAAGCAUUUUCUAAAGCUGGUGUCUCCAUAACUGUCACUUCACUUACAAAUUUUGUCUCUUUUUGUAUUGGUAUGACCACUCACUUUCCUGCCGUUCAAUUGUUUUGUGGUUAUGCAGCAUCGUGUAUUUUCUUUACUUAUGUAUACCAAAUUACAUUUUUUGGAGCAUGUAUGGCAUUGAGUGGAUACAGAGAAGAAAAAGAAUUACAUUGUUUGACUUUCCGUCCAAUUAAAGGUCGAAAGAAAGUUCAAGGAAGUCCAGAAAAACAAGAAAUAGAAGAUUUUAUAAUGGUCCAAUUUAGAGAUAAACUUGGAAGACUACUAACGUUUCCUUUUGUUAAAUUUUUAGUAAUAUGUAUAUUUGUUUUAAAUCUUGGAAUUGGUAUUUGGGGAUUUUUAAUAAUAAGAGAUGGAAAUGAUUAUUCUGAUUUAUUCAAUGAAAAAUCAUCUAUUUCAAUAUAUCAGAAUGUUUUCUUUAAAUAUUUUAAUAAAUAUUACUUCACUUUACAAAUCAUUAUAGACAAACCUUUAAAUUAUGCAGAUUUGGAAGUCCAGAAUGCUGUUGAUAAAACCAUUGAUAGAUUCAUAGAACAUCCUCAUAUUGCAGAACCAAAGCUAAUGUAUUCUUGGUUAAAAUACUAUAAAAUGUUUAUGAAAUUACCUGUGGGGAAAUUUCUUUUAAAAGGAUAUAAUAUGACGUGUAAAGAAGAAUUUUAUGAAGGUUUACGAAAUGUAUUUUUACGUUUACCUCAAACAAGAGAAUUUCAGGAAGAUAUUAUUUUUAAUGAAGAUAAUACGGAAAUUAUCAAGACACGUUUCUUUGUAACUUUACAAGAUAUCGAUAAUUCUCAAACUGAAAUUAAAGUAAUAAAAGAACUUUAUGAAAUAGCAGAUAAAACUCCGAUUCCAGUCAAAAUACACAGUUUUACAUUUCAUUUACUUGAACAAGCUCUUCUUAUCAAAAGAAUAGUAUAUCAGUUAGGUCUUAUUAGUGCAGGACUUAUAUGUUUAUUAUUCUUUAUUUUUGUACCUAAUAUAACUUGUGCAAUAUUCAUAUCUUCUAUAGUUCUAUGUAUUAUAUGCGAAACGAUUGGAAUGGUAUCAUUUUUAGGCGUCAAAAUAGACAUGCUCUUGUUAACAACAUUAGUUCUGUGUGUUGGUUUUUCAAUUAAUUAUCCUACUCAUAUAUCUUUUUCAUUUGUUAUGGCCAAAGAUCUAACUCCCGAAGAACGAGUCAGAAAUUCUCUGUAUGAAAUAGGAUUUCCUAUGUUUCAAGGAACAGCUACUACUCUACUCGGGCCUUUCAUGGAAUGUUUGUAAUUCCUGUGAUUCUGAGCCUUUUACAAUACUGUGAUAAAUCUCUAAAGGAAGAAAUUGUUGAUGGAGAAAAUGUCGAAUUAAAUCCAGA